AGCUUCGUUUUUCGCUCUCUGCUGAUAAAUCAAAGAUGUCGGAACAGACGGCUAAUGCUCCAGCAGAAAAUCAAGAUGGAAAAACUGAAACUGAAAAGCAAGAUGCACCACCAGUUAAGGAAAUGAAAAGUAUAGUACUAUCGGGAUUUGGUGGAAUUAAAAUGUUGAAAGUACAACCAAACCCUGAGCCAACAGUAAAUGAGGGGGAGGUUUUGAUAAGAGUCAAAGCAGGGGGUCUCAACUUCCCUGAUUUGAUGGUGAGGCAAGGUGUUAUAGAAAAUGCUCCAAAGACUCCUAUUAUUAUGGGUUUCGAAUGUUCUGGUGUUGUUGAAGCUUUAGGCGAAAAUACCACAGGAUUAAAUGUUGGAGAUAGAGUGAUUGGUUUCAGCGAUUACAAAUGUUGGGCUGAUUUAGUCACUAUACCAGCUAGCUGUGUGUAUAAAAUGCCUGAUAAGAUGUCUUUCCAUGAAGGAGCUGCCGUUCCAAUGAAUUUUAUAACUGCUUAUAUACUCUUAUUUGAUAUUGGGAAUUUAAGAAAAGAUCAAUCUAUUUUAAUCCAUUCCAUUGGUGGAGGUGUGGGCACUGCGUUAAGUCAACUCUGUAAAACAGUAGAUAAUGUAACAGUAUUUGGUACAGCAUCUAAUCAUAAACAUGAAAAUAUUAAAGAAAAUGUGACUCACUUGUAUGAUCAUUCUACUGAUUAUUCUCAAGAAGUUAGAAAGGUAUAUCCACAAGGAGUUGAUAUAGUAUUAGAUUGUUUAUGUGGUGAUGAUACUAAUAAAGGAAUUAGUUUGUUAAAACCAAUGGGAAAAUACAUCCUCUAUGGUUCUUCUAAUAUUGUUACUGGUGAAACUAAAAGUUUCUUCAGCUUUGCAAAGUCUUGGUGGCAAGUGGACAAAGUAUCUCCUAUUAAAUUAUUUGAUGAAAAUAAAACUAUUGGUGGAUUUCAACUAAGACGUUUACUUCAACAAGGACAACAUGAAUAUAUUCGAGGUGUUAUGGAUAAAUUAUUAAAUCUAUAUAAAGAAAACAAAAUCAAACCAACUAUUGACUCAGUUUGGGCAUUUGAAGAUGUAGGAGAAGCUAUGCAGAAGAUGCACGAUAGGAAAAAUAUUGGUAAAUUAAUAUUGGAUCCCACAGCCCAACCUAAACCUAAGGAAACGGAGAAUGCCACUGAAGCUGCGUCUGAUGGUGAGGGUAAAAAAGAAGAAAGCAAACCAGAAGCUUAAAUUUUUUCUAUCAAGAUGAUAUAAUAAUAUGAUGAAGACUGAAUGUGGUUUGUCAUCAACAAGAUGAAGCCCAGACUGGAAGACAAAAUGGAGGAUAAAACAAGAUUUUUUAUUUCAAUUUCUAGCAUAUGUACCCCCUGUUUUAACAUUAUCUGUUACCAUGGUUUCCUGAUCUUGUAUUUAGACUAACAAAUAGGCUGUUGCUGACAAUAAUUUGAACUGGUCCAAUUCGGCUUAAUAUGAAAGGUGCUUAACUGUUAAACCGUUAUGAAUAAAUGUCAAAGCACUGGCUAUUUGCACUAUCUUGGCACGUAUUGUCUCUGUUUUCUAUCUUCUCUGUACCGUUGUUAGCAGCCAAUGAGAGAGCUUCAUCCGUGUUGUACAUGGGCAAAUGGAUUGUUUCCCCGUCUGUGCUAUUUUUUUUCUAGCGCGUGGAGCCAUUUUGAUUUUCAGGAAUUCUAUUUAGUGACUCUUUUAAGGUUAGGUAGGGAUGGUCCUAUGUUGUACUGUCAUGGGGUAAAUAGCCUCAGCCAAAUGUAAAAGUGCAGCUUUUGUCUGUAAAUCUUUGUGAUAAAUCAUGCAUGAAAACUGAAAACUAUUUUUUUAACAAAAAUUCUUAUAUUACUUUAUCUAAGGCAUAAAUUUAGUUCAGAAUACUUAAAUGAUUUUUAACAAUAUUUAAAGAUGGGUUAUCCCUUGAUUAUGUACUUAACAUUAAGCAAUACAAAUUUUCAUAUUUAUAUGGGACCUUAACUGAUUUUAAGAAAUACAGUAGUCUGAUUGGAUAAUAAAACUAACUUCAAAAUAUUUUUUGAUGAUUGACCAAUCAGAUGACUCAAAUCCUAGGCCUGUACAUUUGUGAUAAUUGAAGGCUCACAUCU